AUGAGUACGCAAAGAACACCGCCGUGUACAAUAUCUCAAAAAACUGAAAGUGACAGUGACGGGGGCCACCACACAUCAGCGCCUGCUUCAAAUAACGUAGCAAAAAGGCCUAGCAAACGCCCAGCCGUCUACUCUCCUCCAAUUGGGAAUUUACUUGAAGGCGCUAACGAUGCUACAAACACAGCAUUCCGCAACAUAAUUGAAGACGUAGUACAACGGGAACUGAGUAAUUUACUGACUAAACUUAACAUCUCAAUGGGCACUUUGCUCAACACCCAACUUAAAUCAAUCAAAGAUGAAAUACAAGACGUAAAAGAGUCAAUGUCAUUUAUGAGUAGUCAGUAUGAGGAAAUUAACAAGGAGCUUAAAGCAUCCAAAAAAUCAAUACAGGAGUUACAAAUAAAGAGUGAUAAACUUCAUCCCACAAUAAACGAUAUAAAUUUUCGUAUAAACCAAAUAGAACAAGCAGCAAGAUCUAAUAAUCUUGAGAUUCAAUGCAUGCCGGAAAAGAAAAAAUGA